CCAUUGAAAAAGAUUUGCUUCUCAUUCGUUUAAUUUUAUCUCGUCUGCUUGUUCACGUUGCAACGUCUUUAAAAUAAUUUUUUGCCAAAAUAUUAUUGGAUUUAUUACACCGCUUCUGAAUUUCUUUUCUCUUAAGAAAAUGACGUCGAAUUAUUUCAACGUCUACGUGACGCACGUGGUUGAGGUCAUAGACUGCCAAGAGAAACCCAACUACUGCAAUUUAAUCUUCUGGGGUCAGAAAGAUCGCAUCUUAGCAACUAAAAUGGAAGAACAGAUUAUUGCAUGCAAGUUUGAUUCCUGCCCUCGGCCUAUGAUGAGUGACCUUAAGAAAGAAAAGGUUUUCUGUGUGCCAGUGAACAAUGGUUGGCUGAGAGCAACGAUCAGUGAUUACGCUGUAGAUAGGAAUGGGGAACUUGAAGUAUGCUGCAUAGAUUAUGGCUACACUGUCAUGGUUCCCAUGGCUUGCAUUAAAGUUGUCCCGGCUAGUUCAACCUACAUCGGCAGCUGCCAUCCAUUGGCCACAAAAUUUCUUUUAGCAGAUGUAGUGAUUCAGAAAGGACCACGAGGAAAGGAACCAGUACUUCAAUACUUGAAAAGAAAUGUGGAAAACAAGAAUGUCAAAGCAGUGGCAUUGGGUAUUCAUAAUGACUUUGAAGGAGUAAGAGUCUAUUUGAAUGAUCAGCUUUUGGCGAAGCUGUUGGUGGAAAAACACCUGGGAACCUCAGCCACAACAUAUUUUGAUGCUCUCAAAGAACCAGUUCCCACUCAACGCUAUUUCUCUGUAGCUUCCCUCUCACCUCCAUCAAUGGUGAAGAAUGGUGGGGUCUCUAGCUUUGGACAUGCGACAAAACCAAUCAGCAACACGUUGCCAACUGUCUCAUCACAAAACAAGCCAAAUCCCGUAAAAUUCUAUACAGCGUCUUAUCUGGAAGUGAAUGUGGCUCAUUCAGUCAUGGUGACCUUUGUGCAAAAUGGACCUCAGAAGUUUGUCGUUCAAUGCAACUCUCCAGAAGCAGUGCGAAAACUGAACGAUAUUUCUCGGCAAUUGUCCAGUUAUGUGGCUCGCAACUCCAAAACACUGGCCAAGCCUGAACGUGGUGACGCUUGUAUUGCCAUCUCCUGUCGAGAUAAAUUGUUCCAUCGUGGCGUCGUAACACAGGUAGAAGAUAUCAAAUUCGCUCAAGUGUACUUUGUCGACUAUGGCUAUACGGAAUUAGUUGACCUUCGUUCAAUGUACGAAAUUCCAUCUGAGUUGGUCGCCAUUAACCUUCUAGCUUUCCGCGUUACGCUCGAAGAAUCGGCUGCCUUGAUGACGCACGACGGAAUUUCCGAGGCCUUCACGCGACUGGUUUUGUAUCGAAGCUUUAAAUGCCACGUAUCAGGAGAAACAAUACCACAGUCAGUAAUUCUUGUGGACGAGGCCGGACGGAGCGUCAAGGAUUUAGUCUUAGCAGCCUUGGUAGAAUCUCAGAAAGCCCUGAAUGUAUCAGAACUACUCAAAACAACUUCACUCUCACCCAUACUUCCUGGUGCAAAUAUUAAAAUUGCUGCAGUUGAGGUGCAGGACGAAGAAAAUCUUUUCGUUACUUACGCUGGCCCUCCUGGACAGUUCUUCGGCCAGUUUGAAAGAAGACCUGUAAGUGAGCUGGAAGCUUUGAAAAACGAACUUCGAUCUGCCUAUUCUAGCUGUGGCAUUCCGGGACAGAUUGCUCAAGUUCCCUUGCUCUAUUCCGACCUCAAAAGCCACGUUGGAGACUAUGCCGUAAUUAGAUGGGCAACCGACAAACUUCUUUAUCGAGUUAAAGUUAUUAACGAAUAUGGCAAUGAUGUGUCCGUUUCCUUUGUAGACUACGGGAACAGUAUUAAAAUUUCCCGCCAAGAAAUAUGGGCUCCAAUGAAAAGCCUCGAGUUGUUUUCCAUACAACCUUUUGGCAUUUAUUGCUGCGUUUCCGGAAUUAAAGUACCCGAAAAUGAAUGGAAGCUACAAGUCAGUGACAAGUCAGUCCGCGUGAAGCUCGGCCAACCCAUUAAUGGAGUUUAUCCUGCUACAUUCGACAAUCCUAUCACAAAUGACAUUAAUAGGCCGUUGAGUGCAUGCUCGAAUCAAUCACCAGUGACAGAGAAACGGGGCCCUUCAGUUGAUGCUGUCAAACCAAUGACGAAUCGUAAACUCGAAUUUGAUGCACCCCAAGAAUCAGGAUUUGUUAGAAAUGCAAUACCCAAUAUUGCCUUUGAUCAGGCUGCCAUUCUUAAUGAUGAGCUGGAUGAUUCGUGGGCUCCUCCCAAGGCUGAUGGUAAGGUACCAAACAGACAAAAGACGCAGAGCAUUUCUUCGAUGAGCUCAAAUGCUAGUCAAAGCCAAGUAGAGCAAAUGGAUUGGGAAAGCAUUGAAUCCAAACAGUUUCCCAGCCAGCCGAUAUCUCAGCCUGCUGAACUCACUAAACGGGUUAUACCAAUAUCUCUUCCUACUCGACUUUUCUAUCCACCUCAAAAAGGAUUGGAAGGUACAACCACGACCGUCGAAAUUGUUUUUGUCGACAAUCCCAACAGCUUUUAUUGCCAUCUGGUCGAGACGGGCCCACUUCUUGAAGACUUGAUGGACAAAUUGGCCAGAGCCUACACAGAUGCGUCAAAAGAAUCUAUUAAAAGCGUGAGUGUAGGUGUAGCCUGCGUCGCUCAAUAUACCGAUGAUGGUGGCUGGUACCGUGGCCAAGUUUUAAACGUGGAAGGAAGCGAAGUCGAAGUGCUAUUUGUAGACUAUGGCAAUAAACAACGGACUCCUACGAGUUUAGUAAAGGAUAUUCAUGAAGAAUUUGUGAAAUUGCCGCCCCAGGCUUAUCAUUGUUCCUUGGCCGGCGUUCAAGAUUCGACGCGUUCUUGGACUUCUGAAGAUAAGGCCCGGUUCGAACAAGUUGGCAUGGGCAAACGUGUCACGGCUACAUUUUCUGAACGAUGCGAAAAUGAUAAAUACCCAGUUCGUUUAUUGUUGGUGAUGGAGGCACUAGGGCAGCCUGGUGCUUUGCCUGUCGUAAUCAACGACCUUUUUGCCCCGACCCGCAAAAUUCUGCCGGUGCCUGAUGUUGCCAACUACCCAGCCCUGCCAAUUUCUUUUGAUUCAACCGAAGUCAACGUGGCUUGGUUUCAUAAUAUUGGCAAAUUCUUCCUCACGCCUGUCAAUCUUGCUCCAUAUCAGAAAGAACUAGACAAAUUAGGAGAGUACUACACCGCCUUAUCUAGUACCGAAUUGAUUGAAGAUUCACCAUGCGUCGGUUUACCCUGCGUUGUGCGGUUCAAGGCCGAUGACCGUUUUUAUCGUUCUCAGAUAUUGGCUAUUUGUGGGAACUUUGCACAAGUGCUCUUUGUAGAUUAUGGCAAUGAACAAGAGACUCCUCUGAAGGAUCUGAAACGCAUCCACCCUCGCUUCUUGAAAUGCCCUCAACUGACUUGGCAAUGCAGGUUGAAAAAUGUCAUAAUGCCUGAUUCUGAAAUCCAUUACUCACAAGAUUUGAAAAUGCACAUCAACACUUGCUUUCCACAUGGGCAAAUUCUUAGAGCCAGAUUUUACCCGCCCACAGAUGGCAUUUAUAAUGUUGAUUUGAGCGUGCCGGAAAUUGGAGACGUCGCGCAAUAUCUAGUGAAAAACAAGAUUCUUUGUUUUCACAACAUCUGUUCUGGAAAAGAAGUGAAAGUACCGCCACAGAAUCUCGACUUUGUUCCAGAUAAAAUUAUCUCUACGGGUGCCUUCGUGUCUUUCGCUAAAACGCCAAUGGAAUUCUGGAUCCAGUUAGACCCAAACUCGGUCGAUGUCCUAAUGGAGAAGUCGGAUACAAUUGUCACUCAACCAGAGUUCCUUAACGACAAAACGAGUUUUGUUCCAGUUCCGGGGGUAUUCUGCCUGGCUUUCUUUUCUGACGAUAGACGUUGGUGUCGAGCCAUUGUAGAAACAGUUGAACCAAAUCGUGUCGUUGUCAAUUACAUCGACUACGGAAAUUCCUGUGCUGUAGCUCUGGAUCAUCUUCGAGCUCUUCCAGUCUCACUUGCGGACAAACCUGCCAUGGCUUUCAAAUGCUGUUUGGAUGGGAUAGAAUCCCCCGUUUCGACGGAGGUUACGGCAUCUUUUCUGGGUCAAGUAUUAGACUUUGUAGCCACCGUGAAAUGUAUCAAAAUCGUCAACGGAGUUUUGCAUGUCCGUCUGUCCAACACGGCUGACAAGAAGGAUUUGACAGAGAAGAUAGGCCUACUUAUCAAACCGGUUGAAUUGGAAGUUUACGUCGCGUAUUCUAUUUCUCCAGACAAUUUCUGGAUCCAGCGGAAGGAAGACGAGAGCAAAUUGGCUGAGAUUCAGGAUCUAAUGUACCGAGAACUGGAAGGGGCGAACGCAGGUUCUUACCGAAUGCAAGGACAUCCGGUUCCUGGGCCAAUUUACGCCGUAAAUCAUCCCAUCUAUCACACCUGGUACAGAGCUCAAGUGGAGCAUGUCGAUGGCCAUUCGAGAAUGGCCGAAGUUCAGUUUAUCGAUUAUGGAGACCGCCACAAAGUUUCAUUGUCCGAUUUCCGGCAUUUGCCCAACAGCCUGAAAGAUUAUCCAUCGAUGGCAAUUGAAUCUUGUUUGAAUUUUCAAUCAAGACCGAAACACUGGCCUGAACAGGCUUUAAAAUAUUUCAGCUCUAUCUGCUCACCAGAGGUCGUCUUUCGUGUGAAAUUCGGGACUAAAAAUGGCAACGUUCAGCAAAUUGAUUGCAUGGAAACUCCUACAGAGAACGUCAUUGAAAUACUGAACUCAAAAAUCAAACAAUCUUUAUUAGAAGACACUGGAAGAGUUUUAGAAUUGCUGGACUCAGUUUCUAAAUCCUACAAGCAAAUUGAAUCACAUCCAGUAAUUCGUUCGAGUGCAGAGUUGAUCAAGGAAUUAAAUUGCGUUCCUGGCCAAUUGAUUUCUUCCAAAGCUGUUUCUGUUUGCCUGACGUCACCCACUGCUGUUUGGCUUCACUUAGAUCCUUCAACAGCUAACACACUAAUGGAAUCUAUUCAACAACACGUCAAGAGUCCGGAAUUCUCCAAAACUCGACCAGUUGAGCCACUCGUCGGACUUUCCUGUCUGGCUUUGUUUCCCGAUGAUCAGCGUUGGUACCGCGCUAUAAUUGAAAAUGUCGAUCGAAAUGUGGCUGUCGUUAAUUAUGUCGAUUAUGGAAAUUCGUCUACGAUAGGUCUGGAUCUACUCCGACCUCUGCCAUCAUCUCUAGUAGCUCAACCUGCGUUGGCUUUGAAAUGUGCACUAGAUGGAGUUGAAAGAUGUCCCAACGAAUUGCCAAGUACCAGCAAAUGCCAGUCUGUUAUCUUCGAUCAAACACUGCACGUUACAUUUAUUGAGAAAACGGAGAAACAUAUUUUUGUAAGAUUACGAGAUACAGCUGGAAAUGACAUAAACGAGAAGCUCGGUCUACCUGCCUCAGUCGCUGCACCUACGAAUGUGGGCAAUCAGGCGAGCAAUUCAAUUCAAUCUCACGAUGGAGUCAUUCCCGGUGCAGUAGAUGUGAGAGUGUCUUACGUCAAGUCAGCCGGAAUGUUUUGGAUCCAAUACGAGAGCAACAUCGAAGAAAUUGAACAAAUCAGAGAUAACCUCCGGCCACUAGACUCCAACAAUGCCCCCAAUGUUCCACCCAUCAACGUAAAAGAAAAUGCCCUUUACGCAGUUAUGCAUCCGGAAUAUAAUCGUUUCUUCCGCGCUCGAGCCAACAAAGUUAAUGGCCAGAUGGUUGAAGUAUUUUUCUUGGACAUUGGUUAUACAGACUGGGUUCCUCUGUCCAGCGUCCGUUCGUGUCCUGCAAUUUUAAAGUACAUUCCACCGAUGGCAAAUGAAUGUACGUUCCGAACUCCUGUCUAUCCGGAUCAGUAUUGCGAAGAGAUACAGAAGGCUUUUAGUGAUGCAACAGAAGGUGUUGUUUGCCAGGCUGUUUUCAGUGGGCCACAGCCGGCCCAAGGCAUUCACUGCAUCGAAUCGCUAUUUGCAAAGGGCGUUAAUGUGGGAAAUCUCCUUUAUAAUUUGAUUUCGUCGUCCGCGCCUCAAUCAGGAACUGCAGGCGGGUUUCGCAAUUCUUUUUGUGUGUUCUAGUUUUCCAUCGUUUCCUAGCAAACAGCAAAGAGGGCUGUGAAAAAUGAAUACCUAGAGAAGUUUUAUGUUCAUUUUGUAAAGUAAAAGGUAUGAUGUUUAUUCUCAUUGUGAUUCCUUUUUGAACUUUUUUCGUUCCAAUUCUCUGUUGAAUCUAGAUCUUUUAAAUACAUCAUUUCCGUUUUUGAAGCGU